AUGUCUUCAAUCGCUCUUGCUCGUGUUUAUCAGCAGUCCUUCGAUACCCACCCGUACACCACCCUCGCCCUAACGAACGGUGUCAUGGGCGCGUUCUCGGAUGUGGUUGCGCAGCUCACACAACGAACGAUUUUGGAUCCACCUCGAGGUGAAGAACACCCGCCCUUUGACUUCAUCCGGACCGCACGCUUCUUCGCUUUUGGCCUCGGAAUGGGACCAAUCAUCGGAAGAUGGAACCUAUGGUUAGAGAGAAACUUCCCUCUGCGCGCGCCCUCAUUUGCAGGACGGCGAGGCAAAGUCAGCUUGAAGGCGCUCGGCAAGCGUGUGGCGGCGGACCAGCUACUCAUGGCACCUGUCGGUCUCGCACUGUUCCUUGGUUCGAUGGGCAUCAUGGAGGGCCGUGAUAAGCGGCAUAUCCAAGAAAAAUUCCAAGACCUGUACAAACCUCUCAUCAUCACGAAUUGGCAGGUGUGGCCGGUCGUUCAGCUGGUUAACUUCCGUUUCAUGCCGCUUCCAUACCGCGUGCCCUUCCAGUCGACAUGUGGUAUCUUCUGGACUCUCUACCUUUCUCUCGCCAACUCGAAAGAAAACAAACAAGAAGACCACCGCGAUCAACUUCGGAAAACGCUUGACAGCAAAGCAUAA